CGGAGCCGCAGCGGUGUGAUAAGUAAAUUGGUUCCUGUGUGACCGCGGAGUUUCACGUUUCUCACGUUUUGGAAAUGUUUUGGUAUUUUUGAUGACACUGUUCAUGAUGUUGAUGAUGUUUUUGGUGUUUUGAGGCUGAACAGGAGGACGAGGGAGUCCGGUCCGAGUCCCAUCUGAGUCCAGUCUGAGUCCAGUCUGAGUCCAGUCCGAGUCCAGUCUGAGUCCGGUCCGAGUCCAGAGGGAGAUGCUGGGCCUGAGGUGCAUUGUGGGGGAUGUGUGGAGAGGAGGAAGACUCCUGAGAAGUCUCCAGAGGACGGUGGUGUCCUCAGAGAGCCUGGUCCGGCCGCAGGGACGACCUCCUCAGAGGAGCCAGACCCGUGUCCUGUCUGGGGGUCCGGACUCUGGGGGUUCUGGGGGUUCUAGGGGUUCUGGGUUGAGGCUGGGGGCCCGUCUGCUGGUCACGCUGCUGCUGGGCGGGGGCGUCCUGGCCGUGGGGGCGUGGGUCCACCAGGAGAAGCAGCAGCGGUUGCGGCAGCAGCGCGUGGACCAGCUCCGUCAGGUGGUUCUGGGGCGCGGAGCCUUCAGCCUCCUGGACCACAGGGGGCAGCGCAGGACCAAGCAGGACUUCCUGGGCAGCUGGGUGCUGCUGUACUUCGGCUUCACUCACUGUCCCGACAUCUGCCCCGACGAGCUGGACAAGCUGAGCGCCGUGGUGGCGGCUCUGGACCAGGACCCCGCGCUGCCCCGGGUCCAGCCGCUCUUCAUCACCGUGGACCCGGAGCGGGACGACGUGCCGGCUCUGGCCCGCUACGUCCAGGACUUCCACCCCCGGCUGAUCGGGCUGACGGGGACGGCGGAGGAGGUGAAGGAGGCGGGGCGGGACUACAGGGUGUACGCCAGCCCCGGACCCAAGGACGAGGACGGAGACUACAUCGUGGACCACACCAUCCUCAUCUACCUGCUCAGCCCCGACGGCCUCUUCCUGGACUACUACAACCGCAUGAAGACCCAGGACCAGAUCACACAGAGCGUCAGGAACCACAUCAAGACCCACGUCCAGCUCUGAGCAGACCAGAACCAGAACCAGAACCAGAACUCAACGUGAACUCCUCUGUUUGUCCUAAAGGUUUAAAAUGACUUGAAAUAAAAAGUUUGAUGAGUUCUUUCA